AUGCAUUCAUUGUUCAAUGGGUUAAAUGAAAAUUAUUCUGAUUCAAGUUAUUUAUAUGAUAACAACCAUAAUAAUAAUGAUAACAGUAAUUCAGAUUAUGAGCUAGUUAAAACAAUGCCAAAGCAUAAAUCUCAUGAAAAUGACUUAUACUCUAAAGCAGAGGAAGUCCAUUCAGAUAAUCAGAUAAAGGGUGAUAUUAAUGGUAACACUGAUGUAAAAAAUCGAAUCAGUACUAAUAACAAUAAUAACAACUUAUGCCUACCAGGAAUAUACCAUAAUACAGGUAUGCCUAUAGAAUGCAAUAAGAGUCAACAAGACGAUGUACCUAUACCCAUUCAGUUAUCCGCCUUAACCUUUCCUCAUCUUCCGCCGCCUCCAUCUUAUCCGCCACCUCCACUAAAUAAUCAACAACAACACCGAACCCAACAAUUCACUGAAAACCAAUCAGUUCAAAAUAAAACUUCCCUACUUAUAGAAUUACAACGAUAUGAUCUAUUAUUACAACGUCAAAGAGGCACUGGAAAAACUAGUAGUGGUGGAGAAGACAAUAAAACAAUAGAAAGUGAACAAUCAGAACAAUUAAAUCCAGCAUGGAAAUCAUCAAAUUCACAUGAAAAUAGUAGUAUAGCUAGUACAACUAUAUUAGGACAAAGAAAACACUUUGCGAAUCAUAGAAUUCAAGAAUAUUCACCUGAUUUCAACAAGUUAUCUGGACAUAAAUUUAUACAGAAUGAUUUUAUUGGACUGGCAACAUUUCGUAAAGCGGAUGAAAAGUCUAUCGAUUUAGUCACGCCUUAUGCACAGUUCGAUUUAUCCUCAGACUCAAGUGUGUACAAUAGCUCAAAACAAUAA